UUAGAAUAGACGUGUACAAUGGGCAUGCUAUUCUUACUAUAAUACUAUGGACAUGCGAGGGACCUUGCAUGUACUGUACACUCAUCUACAGCUUUUUAGCACCCGCCACCACCAUCUCAAGUGGUAAAAAUUAGCCCGAAGUCCCCCACUACGGCGUGCCUCAUAAUCAGAUUGUGGUUUUUGCGCGUAAAACCAGUAAAACUCAGAAUUAAACAGUUGUUUUGCUGGUACGGAUAGAAGCUCUCAUAUGCGUGCUUCCACUUAGGUGGGCCCUAGGGGCCGCCAGGGUAGCUAGGGUCCCGAGCCCCGGCUACAGCCUGAAUUCUAUGGCCUGAGCAAAGGAGCAAAUGUUUCGCCUGAGCUGCACAGUACUGGCGUUCGAGGGCCUUCUUUUGGGUACGGAGCUAAUCGAUUAGCCAUCGGUACGUACUCCCGUACAGCUAAGUUCGGCGGAGCUGCUCCUGAGCCUCCGCGCAUCAGCAAUCCGUGUUUCGGAGAGGAGAGGCACAAGCUAUAGAACCAUGUCGCUACUGAAGGCGCUUGUUUCAGCGACGUUCUUGCUAAGCUGCAGCUGUUUCGGUGCGAAACUCCAAGAUUUCAGAAACCAGGUGCUGCAGACUACUGAAGUUUUUCAUUUUUAUAUCGAUAAAGAUAUGUUUGACGCAUCAAUAGAUAGCUAUGGGCGCACAGAAUUUAGAGCUGCUUUGUUAGGAAAGCCGGAUCUACCAAAGUGGAUGUUCCUACGGCAAACAGGCAAUUCAAAUAGGGCACUUUUGUACGGUUCGUAUCAAGACAACGGAGAACUCAAUAUUGAGGUCUUUGCCAUCAACAAGUACAACUACAAAACAUCUCUUCGUGUAAUUAGUCUUCAAGUGGAAAAAAGACCUAGAGAAGCACUUUACGAGGUAGAGAUGAAGUUCUUAAAUCUUAAUAUUGAAGACCUCUUUGAGGGUGACUGGCUGUCCGACUUGGAAGAAAUUUUUCGAGAUCACUUAUGGAAAGAAAGCCCAGUAAUCUAUGUGACAAAAGUGGCUUCAGUGGUGGACAUUGGUGGCAGGGUACCUGUAAAUCCAAAGGACAAGGAAGGCAUAGUGGUACGCAUUGGAGGGACGACCAACUUUUCUCAGGAGCUGCGCACUCUAGAAGUUGAAGCCAAUCAACUGCGAAACAGGGUCUCUUGUCCACGUGACUACAAACGAACAUCUGCUGAGUACCGUUUUCGAAGUAGGAGCUUUCUGCCUGACUGGUGUGGAUUCCGGCUAAUCACGCUGCCGGAGCAGCUAGAUGGUGAAGGAAUGAUGCAGCACCAAGAUGCUGCCUUCUCACCCAUCCCACUAGAAGAGGACAGCUAUAAUCCACCCGACAUGGGCCACCUGCCCCGGAGGGACUUGCUGGCAGAUUUUCUGCUCUCUCUACUACUGCCAGGUUUUGUCACAGCUAUGCUGCUCAGCACACUCACCUGCUUCAUGUGCUGCCAGCACGAAGAGGAUGUCCCGAGUACGCAGGUGGAACAGCACAGCUCCAUUGAGCGCGCCACCAAUGCCCUGCGCCAAAUGGCCACAAAGCGUAAUCUCUCCUCGGCAGCCUCAUCUCGAGUCCAUUCCCGUGCUGGCAGCCCCCUUGAUGCUUCACUUCCUCGGCCGUCUCGGCAAGGAACACUCAAGCUUCGGGCCCUCCCACCACCACCAUACUCUGCUGCCCAGAAUGAUGCCUGAUUCUGGAGAUGAGCAUGGUAGGAACCUAAGACAAGCUGGUCCACACUCAUCCCCAGCUUGUCUUCUUUAGCCGAAGCCAUUAGCAAACUUAUGAAGUAGAUCUUAGCUUUGACUGCACAUAGCUGCAUCUUUGGUACAAGUCCUUCAUUGGCUAUUGACAUCUUGCGAGCUUCCACGGCAAGAGGUAAACAUAUAGGUAUGUUCCAUUUCUUACAACUCCAACCUUUCUUGUGCCAAGUCUGUGUGACCUUUAGCAUACUGGUCCUUGAAGCUAUGUCAUAGCCUUUGCAUUUCAUUUAUCUGGCAAUUUAAACCAACUGUUCAUUUUGUUUAGUGAAUGAUUUCGUUCUUGGGAAAAUAGUUGUGAAGUCAUGUGGGCCAUGAAACUUGUAUGUUGUAAAAUCUGAUCUUUUGUGGAAGUACGGACAUUAUAUAUACAUUUGUAGAAACCUGGGCUUAGUACUUUGCAUUGUGUAAUUACUGUGAACUCAUAGUGAGCAUCAAUAUUAUUUAUGGAAGAAGCCAGUUUCUCAUUAUAUGUCACUUGUUCACAAUUAUGUUAGCCCAGACGUGUUAAAAAAGGCUACCUUAAAGAAAACUUUCCUACAAUAUAUUUGAGUUUUUCUUUAAUUGAAUAAAAGUGAUGUACAAAUUAUUUCAAUAUACUUGACACUGCACAGAAUGGAAACUGUGGAGAAGUUAGGAUGGUAUAUUUAUUGUGUCCAGGCAUGACAAAUGCACAAGGCUCUUUUCAUGUGCAUCACUAUGUUUAUCAGCCUUGUAAUGUUAGUGUAGGGAGUGGACAUUGAAGUCACUAAGAAAUAUUUGAGUCUUCAUCAAUGGGACUCACACUAUAUGAGAACAAAGAAAAACUGCGCAAAAAAGAACAAGACAGAGAAAGAACCACACGACACACUCUGUCUCGACUCUGUCUUGUUCUUUUUUGCGCAGUUUUUCUUUGUUCUCAUAAUGUCAUACCAACUAGCCCCUCACCGUAUGUUACUAGACUUCACCUCGCACUAUAGUUGUGAAAAAAAGAAAAGGUAGCUUGCUUUUGAACUAUGGCUGCCACUGCUCUUGAAUGACCAUUACCAACCGAAUAAUGUGGCAAAUGCCAUAAGAAGACCCCCUUCCCUCUCUCUAUCUCGCCCUUUGGUACUGACACAAACAGCAAGACCAAUUGUUUGCAAAGCCUUGUUCAUCCCUUGCACACAAAUAUAAAUGUCUUCAAAAUUCAAAUAACUUCCUAGUCAGUCAGUACCAAAACAUGGCAGACCUUUUAGCCAGUAACAGCUGGAAAUUCACCGACGUUGCAUUCUGCGAAAUUCUAGAGCUUUGAAAUUGUGUGUCGGCCAUGUUACUGCAGUUUCAGCUGGUUGUCAUUUAUUUAUUUUAUUUAUAGAUGUGUAAAACAUGUUGGUGUGUUUUCCUUAAUUUGUUCCUCAUAAUGUGUUUGAAUUGGUCUUUCAGCACACUAAGACUUCAGUAAGUGGGCAGUAAAAAAUGUUGAUGACUAUAAAUGGCAGCGUUAUAAUUUUUAUUUAGGCAACAAAUGCACACAGCUUAUAGUACUUACUUUGUGGUGUUCCUGGUGUUAUUCUUCUUUCUCAAAUGCCGAGAUAUCAAAUUUCAUAUAAAAUUAAUAUAUAACUAGGGUUUCCAACGAUGCCAGUUUUUGUAGGGCUGUCUCAGCUCUUAUUCAGGACUCCCUAGUCCGAACUUGGCCUUGCCAUGACAGCCAUUUGUGUUGGCGAUUCUCAAAUUGAAUAUUGUUGGACAGCAAGGAUCACUCCGUGCACCUUCUGCGACAUUCAUGUUGCUUGUGACCGUGCAAACAUUGUAAGCUAUGCAGAGCCUUUUCAGUAUAUUUAACCUUGGCAGCAGUCCUUUAGUGGAGAGUGUAUUCUUAAUCAUUAAAUGUUUCCUGGAGAUGACAAAAAUGCAUGCUGAAAGGGAGUGUUGCAUGGCUUAGCCUAAAUUGCCUCCCACAUGGUCAUGGCCAAAAUCACAUCGAGAGGCUUCCAUUUUCUUCACACAAUGCUAACCUAUGCGACAUAUAAUAAAAGCAAUGGAAAAUA